CGGAUCUUAAAACAUUUGGCGAACUUCUUCACCUCUCCACUUCUUCGUUCACAUAUUUUGAACUGAGAUGCAUUUCCUCUUGCCUUCCUUGGAGGAGUAACAACUCGUGGAAUACCCGAAGUCUGUGGAAAGUUUUCAUUUCUGAUCAUUUCUGGUUUAUUCCAUAGUGGAAGCGCUCCCAGGACAGCAGGGUUUUCUGGUUUUUAACUACUUUACUUUUCUUUUUUUUCCUCGUCGGAUGUUGGGGGCACAUGCGAUGUCAUGGACUAUUAAAAGGAGAAGAAAUGUUCGUGCUUAGUCCUGCGGGUACAGUGCGAAGGUGUUUUUUGAGUCUAUUUUUUUAAACCAGUUGAGCGACUGGCGUCAGGACUCUAUAAUCAAUGUGGUGUCAGCUGGAAGGACGCGGGGUCCGGAUCUCACCUAAACGCUGAUACGUCUUGGGAGUGAUGCACUGGCUUCCCCUGGUUGCCAUGGUGAUUGCCUCGGCCCUGCCCUUCCCUCACAACCCUGUGUCCAGGAUUGCCGCCGCGACGACAGAGCCUGGCUUUGACAACCGCAGAGAGCACCGUCGUGACCCGGCUGCUCGCCUCCCGGCUCCCCCUGCGGACUACAACUUCCAUGGAAAUGCCUCACAAACGGACUACAACAUGGCUGCUGCUCUUAGCCAACACUCCAACAGACAAAACCUCCAGAACCGCAAGGAUUAUGUGAAAUCCUCCGUAGAUGAAGAGACUUCCACCUUCAAAGUGGAGAGUUCAAAGUACCGAUCGAAUAGCAACUCAGGCAGCGAUGACAAAAGCAGUGUCAGUGUGGACUUUCCCACGGGCGGAGGAGCGCUCAGGACCGAGGAUACUUCCAAGGACAAUUCUCUACCAAAGGACUACAAAGCUGAAAGCAGAAGCAGCAGCAGGCCAGAUUACUCCAGUUUUGUGGACUUUUCCAAGAAGGAAAAUGAUCAGGACUCUACAGAAAGACUGUUACACGUUUCUACAACAGAAACCCAUAAUGCUGCCAGUCCUGCUGCUAAUCUAGAGGGUCAAAGAGGACCAGAACCAAGUGUCCCCUCUGACAAGCUGAGCGAUGCACCUACAAUUGGGACAGGAAGCCAGUGGACACCUGGGGCUGGAAGAGGUCUGGCUGAGGAGAGUUUGAACCUGGAGGCAGGGCUGGGUCCGGGGACCCUAGAAGGAGACGAGAUGUUUCUGGACGCGCAUCCACGAGUCCUGUUCUCGUCCUCCCCGUCGCCUCCUGUGCACCCCCCUCUCCUGCUCAUGUUGGAGACUGGCCUGCUGGAGGAGGACGGGGACAGAGAGGAGCCGGAGGACAUGGACGGACACAUCGAGGGUCAUGGGGACCGGGCGAUCGACAGGACGACUCUGAGUUGGGCCGACUCGCCCAGAGUUACGGGGGAGGUUGCUCAUGCUGUUAAAAGGGAUAAACGCUCACACCUGAUUGACAGAAGGAGGGGGGAAAAGUCAGUGUGCGAGUCGGAAAGUGUUUGGGUCACCAACAAAACGACCGCCAUCGACUCCCACGGUCAGACGGUCACCAUCUUGCAGGAAAUCCAGACCCAGACAGGACCACUCAAACAGUACUUCUAUGAGACUCGCUGCCGCCAGGCCGAGCAGCGGGGCGAUGCCGGCAGGUCGAAGGGUGCAGCGAAACCCGUGGGGAUGGGCGUAGCCGGGGCCGGCUGCUUGGGCGUGGAUAAAAAACAGUGGGUGAGCGAGUGCAAAGCCAAGCAGUCGUACGUCCGGGCGCUCACCAAAGACGCAAACAACAGAACCGGGUGGAGGUGGAUCCGAAUCGACUCGUCCUGCGUGUGCGUGCUGCUGUCCAGGACGAAUCAGGCAGUGGGGAGGGAGGUCUUGACGAGGAGGGGGAGAGGCUGAGACAGAGAGAGGAGGCAAGAAGAAGAAAGUGACACAGAGCAGAGCAGCUGUGACAUCCUUCUGUGUGCACUUCGGCUUGCUGAUGGAUUCGGUUAUUCCUGCCGUACUCACUUUUCAGAUCUCUCUCUCUUUUCCAUCCCUCCCGCCGCCACAACUUCUAAUGACUUUUGAAAAAAACAAGAAGACCUCAAUACUAGAUCUUAGGGAAAAUUGUCAUAUAUAGAGAUUUUACUUUAAAAAGUACUGUUUUUGUAUGAAUUAUCUUUCAUAAUCUAAGUUAUUUUUGAUUAGUAUGUAAGCAUGUGUAUGUCUUUGAUAUUAAUAUAUUCCUUUAUAUAUGUGUACAAUAUGACACCAGUAUACCUUUAUGUAUGAAGCUAUGUAUAUCUGUGUGUAUUUAUAGAAGAAGUCUUCGUGGAGUAGUAGGUCUCUCCAGUGUCUGAUGAUAAUUCCAGCCUCUGGUCCGCUCAGCUUGUGAGAGGAAGGAGCGCCACCUACUGAGGCUCCAUUUUACUGCUCCACACGAAUAUUAUAGCAGUGCUUUAAGCAACUGAGUCCGAUGGGGAAAUUGUAUUGGAUACAGAAUCUACAGCAUGGGCACACGUAAGCAUGAUUUCACUCAGGCUGAUGAUUCGACGGUUUUGUGGCAGGAUGCAUCUCCGUCCGUGGAACUUGUUGAAUGUGGUUCAUGAAUGUAAAACCAUGUGGUUUGUAAAUUAUAUGACACCUAAACAAGCAAAUUUUACCAUCUGCUCGUUUGUUCGGUUUGCCUGCCAAAUCUGGUAAUAAAGG